AUGGAAGACGAGAAUAAGGCUAAAAGACCAAAUAAUGAAACGUCUUCCAAGAAAAAAGCCAUGGCUCGAAGGGUAAAAACCCCAAAAAUGAGCAUGGAAGGAAAACAAAGACGUAAGAAAAGAGGAAGAUGGGAAGAGGAAAAGAUACUUGGUGGAAUCUGUGAGAAGUCUUUGAUCGGGCAGCUGUAUUUAAAACCAUUGGACUUUGCGUUCCGUCGUGAACUAGGAAGCAGUAGUCUUUCCAUGACAGCGUCAGACUUCGAGUUCCACCAUGAACUGGGGAGUGGUAGCUUUGGGAAGGUCAUGCUGGCAUCAUGGACCCGAACUAAACAGCUUGUGGCCAUGAAAGUGAUGGAGAAAGGCGCAGUCCUGACAACCAGCAUUCUCAAGGAGCGCCGUACUCUUGAAAUUGCCAGGGGAUGUCCAUUUCUUUGUGAGGGCUUGGCUGCAUUUCAGACACAGAAGCAUGUGUUCCUCACAAUGGAGUACAUACGUGGAGGCAGUCUUCAAUCCUACAUGGACGAGAAAAGUUGUCUGGAGACUUAUGAGGCAAAUGACCUAAAGCCUGAUAACAUCUUGCUUGAUGGAGGAGGACAUGUAAAACUUGCAGACUUUGGUUUGGUCGCUGAAAAUAUGCUUAAGGGCCAAAAAACAUCAGACAAAACUGGCACUAGGUAUUACAUGGCCCCAGAGGUACUAGCAGAUGGAGAAUAUGAUGCAGCAGUGGACUGGUGGGCACUGGGUAUUAUAAUCUGUGAAAUGCUGACUGGAGACCACCCAUACGACACCUUCCUAUCCUCCGAGGAGUUUAGACACAUUGUCAUCAUGCGUAAACCCGACUACCCAGACUGGGUCACCACCGAAACUAAGGGCAUCGUGUCCAAGCUCCUCAUGAAAAACCCCAAAUACCGCCUUGGGGUUUACGGUAACAUCAGGCUCCACCCAUUCUAUGGAGAUCUAUGUUGGGAGGAUUUGGAGCAUAGGAAGAUUCCACCACCAUACGAGCCCCUGGUGCAGACAACUCAGGAUCCUAAAUCACAUUCCCAGGAGCGGUCUCUCUCAUUUCUGGAGGCUUGGAAGAGCUUUUCAGGAUACGGCCACACCAUCUUUGGCCUGUCCUUUACCAGCUCCAGAUUGAGGGACUAA